UUUAUCGGCACCGCUGGGCGAGUUCCUCUUCCACCUCCUGGCUCUGUUCCCCAAUCCCCCCUUCUUCUUGCUGAAACCCUAGCUACUCCAAUUUGUAUCCUGGAUGGAUCUGGUGUUCCGGAGUUGAGAAUCGAGUGAUAGUUACCUAGGACCGUAUCAUCCGCCCAUCUUCCGGUUCUCGUGGCGGCGGCGGCGGCGGCGGCGACUUACCGGCCAGCGCCGACGACGCAUGGCUCCCAAGAAGAAGCGCAAGAGUGCGCCGCCGGAGACGGUGAGCACCACCGUCCACGACCUCCCGGACAAUCUCCUCCAGCACGUGCUCUCCUUCCUCCCAGCGCAGGAGUCCGUUCGGACUUGCGUGCUCGCCCGGCGCUGGCGCCACCUUUGGAAGUCCACCACAGGCCUGCGUAUCCUAGACCUUGUCCUUGACGAUGAUGAGGAUAUCUCAUUCCAAGACCUCCGGAAGUUCGUCGAACAUCUGCUGAUGCUGCGCGAGCGCACCGACCUAGAAAGUGUUGAGAUGAAAUUCCACUGUUACUACGAAGGCGAAUCCUAUGUGAGCCUAUGGACCCGUUUCGCUCUGAUUUGCAAAGUUCGGGUGCUCACCCUUCAUAUCCUUGGGGAAGAAUACUUCACCCUAGACGGCCUGCCUCUUGUGUCUCGGCACCUGAAAACAUUGCACCUUCAUGGUCUAAUCCUACAAAAGAGCUUUCUUGAUUUUGCUAGCUGUCCAGCAUUGGAGAAUCUGAAGAUGGGUGUUUGCAAAAUCAAUGGUUGUAAGAUAUCAUCUCUUUCCCUAAAGCAUUUGAGCAUCACUAGUUGCGGCUGUGAUCUGGAUUGCCGGCUUAACGUUUCUACUCCAGGCCUUGUCUCUUUGAAACUAGAUCGCUUUUUGGGUAAAACCCCUUUUCUUGAAAACAUGCCGUUGCUACAGACUGCAUGUGUGAAUCUUGGCAUGGGCUGCGAAGGUGUCUGUUUGAGUAUCUUCUGUUGAGGUAAUAAGAACGGAUGUGGAAUUGUCUAUCAAAAAACGAUGGCCGCAUCGAUUGCGUGCUUAUGGGUGGGAUCUCAAGUGCUAAACAUCUUGCACUGAUAUCUUAUUUUGGAAAGUUCAUUUUCGCAAGAGAUUUGAUGAAUUGCUGCCCUACAUUUAGUAAGUUAAAGACUUUAUCACUCAGUGUGUACUGGUGGGAGGCUCCUGACUUGGAUCCACUAGCUUGCAUUCUGCAAAAUUCACCAGUUCUAGAGAAGCUCUCUCUUAAACUUUUCUCCAAGGGACCAGAUCAUGAAGUGGAAAUGAAAGGAAGGUACAGUCCAAUGGAGGGUCCGUCUGCAAUAUCAGAGCACCUUAACAUGGUUGAAAUCAAGUGUAAUGUGGUCGACGAGAAGAUUCUCAAAGUCUUGAAGCUCUUGUCUACAUUUAAUAUACGAUUCGGUUUUUUGUAAGGGUGUGAAGUGAGAUAAUCUGGAUUGUCGAUGGAUUUACCAUCUCUUGACUAUUCAGAAAUGGAAGGCGCAAGUAUGUGCUGUGACAAGGUUUCCGCCGUUUUGGUGUGUGUGCAUCUGAUGCCAAUUCUACCGAACAAAGGAAUAGUGUAGAGUUCGGAUCAUGUAACUUGUCAACUCUAGACCAUCUAGCUGGACUUGGUUUUAUGGUAUCUUGUAAUUUCUGUUGCACUUUUGGUUCAUGGACUGGUUAGUACUCGCUUGGCAUGUCUUUUCUGGCUUCGUGCAUAACUUGUUGUGUUAUGAAUUGUUUGCCUGUUUUCUUG